ACUCUACUAGGAAGUGAUCAUAUUCGCGGGAGAUACACAAAACACAAACAUAUCUUAAAAGCUACGAUGAUCUUAAAAUACCGCAACAAAUUGUCUACAGGAGUUGAAAAUAAAAACAAAAAAUCUUUACAGCAGCUUGUGGACCCAUGUCUGCUUGAGAACAUUAACUGCCAUAGCACAGAUGAGUAUCCUGUAACAAAUACAGAUGAAGAAGAGUGGGGAACACCCAUACCACCAUUGGCAUGCAGCUUUAAUAAAUUAACAAACAGCUGUCAUAUUCUGGCAUUGGUUGACGAGAAUGGCUCACUGGUGCUGUAUAAUACUAACCUUGCUGGUGAUGAAGCAGUAAUAACAGACUGGUCUGCCCACAACAAUGCAGUGUUUGAUGUGGAGUGGAGCUGCAGUGAUCACAAGCUGCUGACUGCUUCUGGUGACCAGACAGUGUGCCUCUGGGACUCGCACUGCAAGACAAAGCUGCUCACCUUCAAAGGGCAUACAAGUUCAGUUCGCUCAGUCAAAUACAGACCUCAUGAUAGCUCUGUGUUUGCCUCUGGCAGCCGUGACGGUCAUGUGAGAAUAUGGGACUCCAGGUGCAAUAUCAAAGAAGGUAAGGUGAGCUGUGUGGACCGUAUCAAGAACGCUCACAGCAUGGUCCAGCAGACACCUGGCAAAAAGAAGAAAUCACGACUGGGCGCUGCCCAGACACAGGACUCGCAGCAGUCUGUUACCGCGGUGAUCUUCCAAGAUGAGAACAUUCUCACCACUGCUGGGGCUGUUGAUGGUUGUAUCAAGGUAUGGGAUAUCAGGAAGAUCAAGCCAGAGACCAGUACCCCCGUGUACAGCUUUCCGUACGCUGGUACCUCAAAACGCACUCAUGGAUUCUCAAGCCUGGUGUUUGAUUGCUACAAGUCCCGGCUGUUUGCAAGCUGUACGGACGAUGUGAUCUACUCCUACGACUUCAUCAGAUACACUCCAACACCAGUCGCAGUGUAUCGUGGUCACAGGAACACCUCGUUCUAUGUGAAGGCAGUGCUGAGUCCUGAUAGUCGGUUUCUGCUCAGUGGCUCCAGUGACGAACAUGCAUACAUCUGGCAGGUGGACAACCCGGGAGCCAGUCCAGUCAUCCUCAAGGGACACAGUAGUGAGGUGUCUGAUGUGGCCUGGUGCAACACCGACACAUUCAGGAUAGUGACAACAUCUGAUGACAACACAAUGCGAGUGUGGAGAUACAAUGCUGUUGCCAGGGAGAUGAAGAAGCUUGGAAAACAAGACCCUGCUGUCAUUGGCACGGCUGAGUGCACACACAGGGACAUUGGAACCUCAGCAUUCGGUCCUCAGACCCCUAAGAGGUCACCGAAUUCAACCCUUAAGAGAUCUGCCACAGUUCCAUUUGGGCCUGUAACUGAGACGACCCCUAAAAGGGCCCGCACCAGUGCCUCCUCCACUCCAUCCCCGUCGAUCAAGAUGUGGUUAAAGAGGACCGCCUCUGAACCUCUCUCCUCAAUCAUUGAACAUUCCAGUUAUGAAACCAGUGCCUAUGCUAGUUCUAAUAAGUCAAGUUUUUGCUCAGAACUCCCAGUGUGUUUGAAACAAGCCACUACGUUCAAUAGUACUGCUGAUGGUGACACAAAUAGUCAGGCUGGGAAAGUGUGUGCCUCUUUCUCUAGUAAGGAGGUCAGAAAGACUCCAUUGGCGGAGUGUCUGUUGAUGGAUGGCAGUUCCAGGUCUCCAAAAAGGAUCAAGAUCGAAUUUAAAAAUCCAGUUGACAUUGGUCUAGAUUCCGGGUGUUUAUCAUCAGAAACUGUAAGGAAAUCAUGCAAAAGAAAACUGAUCGCAUCUGAGAACGAUCCAUCCCCGAAACAGCAUAAAAGGCAAAGAUUGUUUGGGCUUGGAAAUGAAAACCAAGAAGUACUAAAGAACAAACUCACAAAUCCGACUCUUCCUAGUCCAGGAAAGAAAUUGAGUCCUUUGAAAGACUUGGAUUCUGAGUAUAACAAAAGUCCUGAAAAGGUCACUGUAUCAAAAAUGCCAUUGACUCCCGCUAGAGUCUCACUAUGUGACUGGAACAGUAUGAUGUACCAAUCACCGACUGCAAAUCUACCAAACAUCGUACUGGACGGACCACAGGUGAACACUGUCGCCAUGGCAGAGCCCGAGGGCAAGAAAAAGACUGUGGACUGGCUGACACACAUGCGGAUUCAAAAGAUGUCCACUAAGGGUCCGCAGGGGAAGUCUGUAUCACUUGACAAGGCCAGGCAGGCGGAAUCAGAACUGACAAAAGAUGGUGGAACGAUUAUGUCGUCCCCGAGGAUGAAGACUGAAGUGAAGGGACUACGUGCAAUAACCUCGUUCUUUGGACAAUCUGUACCCAAGUCUUGACAACUUCUGCUAUGUUACAAUCUUGGCACUGCAUCAAAUGGAAGAAGAUCUGCAAUAUUACUAAAAAUCUCUUCAUAUUGCCAAAAGAGACAGUUUUGUCACAGAGUAUAAGCUUUGUUCUGAAAAAAUUGAGCUUGAUGCAUGUGCAUAGAGUAUCGUCCUGAAUUAGCAUGUGCAGUCUGCACAGGCUUAUUUAGGAAUACAUUUUCCUUGGUGAAUGCUUAGAAGAGACUUUUAAUAAAAAAAUCCCAUAUAGGCCAAUAAUGUCAUCCUUGAUAAGUAUGUGGAGACUGCAUAUAGGCCAAUAAUGUCAUCCUUGAUAAGUAUGUGCAGACUGCAUAUAGGCCAAUGAUGUCAUCCUUGAUAAGUAUGUGCAGACUGCAUAUAGGCCAAUAAUGUCAUCCUUGAUAAGUAUGUGGAGACUGCAUAUAGGCCAAUAAUGUCAUCCUUGAUAAGUAUGUGCAGACUGCAUAUAGGCCAAUAAUGUCAUCCUUGAUAAGUAUGUGCAGACUGCAUAUAGGCCAAUAAUGUCAUCCUUGAUAAGUAUGUGCAGACUGCAUAUAGGCCAAUAAUGUCAUCCUUGAUAAGUAUGUGGAGACUGCAUAUAGGCCAAUAAUGUCAUCCUUGAUAAGUAUGUGCAGACUGCAUAUAGGCCAAUAAUGUCAUCCUUGAUAAGUAUGUGCAGACUGCAUAUAGGCCAAUAAUGUCAUCCUUGAUAAGUAUGUGCAGACUGCAUAUAGGCCAAUAAUGUCAUCCUUGAUAAGUAUGUGCAGACUGCAUAUAGGCCAAUAAUGUCAUCCUUGAUAAGUAUGUGCAGACUGCAUAUAGGCCAAUAAUGUCAUCCUUGAUAAGUAUGUGCAGACUGCAUAUAGGCCAAUAAUGUCAUCCUUGAUAAGUAUGUGCAGACUGCAUAUAGGCCAAUAAUGUCAUCCUUGAUAAGUAUGUGCAGACUGCAUAUAGGCCAAUAAUGUCAUCCUUGAUAAGUAUGUGCAGACUGCAUAUAGGCCAAUAAUGUCAUCCUUGAUAAGUAUGUGCAGACUGCAUAUAGGCCAAUAAUGUCAUCCUUGAUAAGUAUGUGGAGACUGCACAAGUUUAUGUGGGACAACGCUUUACGCACAUGCAUUAAGCCCAGUUUUCCCAGAACAUGACUAUUAAUCAAUUUAAUAUAUUCCCUAGUCAACUUGAUACAAAACCUCUAUCUGUUAAAAUCAUAGUAAUAAAGUAAGCUGUUGGUACACAUUUGGUAUUCCAGUGUCCAUUUGUACGUCAUACAAUAAGUUCUGUAUAAUUUCAUUGCAUUUUUACAAUAAUUUUAGAUUGUAAAUUUUAAAUGAAAAUUAAUAAAAUAACUUAAGGCUGUAUAA